AUGAUUGCUUCAAGGAUACAGCAACGAGCCUCAACCUCACUGCUUGCGACGGCAGCCUCACGCAGACUCAAUUCGACAACUUCGAGGGCCGCUGCUCCAGGGGCAAGACCAUCCUCAACAAAAGGACAAGGCUUGGAUCGGCCGCAAGCCAUUCUGUGGGGAUGGGCCGCGCUAAUCGUAGUCGCCGGCUUCGGUUACUACACGGUCAAGUCGAACAACACGGCCAAGAAGCGCGACUUCAUGAUCAAGCAAGGUCAGCUGCAACAGCAGAGGAGCGCAGUCACUGAUGGAGAUCAGCCCGCAGCAACUUCGACACCUGUUCUCAUGUCCUCAACAAACCAAGAGAAAUACGCUCAGUCGCCGCUGCAAAGCUUGACAGCGGCGUUCAAUCGGCAGACGACGCAACGUUCGCGGAACACAGAUGCAUCUCGAUCUAAUGGGGGCCGAGACGAGUAA